CAAUGAUUGAAAAUUAACAAGAUGACCAAAUUAGUCCAAUAGAUUAUGGGAAGUAUCAUGCAGAGCCUAAGAAAGAUCAUCGAGAGUUGAAAUACAUGGCAACUAAAAUUAGUGAACCGAGAGGGAGUAUUCAGUAUCCCUAACAUGUGCAAGUGGCUAUUGAGGAUGAUACGAAUUCACAAACUGAUUCUAGAUGGUAUGCAAAAAACGAAGCCUAUAAAUAAUUAAUUGGUAAUGAGAGAACUGGGUUCAUAAAAAAAGUAUUAUAUUUUAAAUAAGAAGGUCUAUGCAAUUAUGAUAAUUCAAUUGUUUAUUACUAUGAUCAUGUGUAUAAUCUCUUACUUGUCACUUGAUUAUAGGAGAUUCCAAUUGCAACAUACUGGAUUUGCCUAUUUGGCUCUAGGAAUAUCAAUAUUUGUAGAAUUGCUCCUCUUUUGCAUUCCCAAAUUUGCUUGGAGAGUGCCAUACAACUACAUUUUACUCUUUAUAUUUACUUUCUGUGAAGGUUAUCUAAUAUCGAAUUUAUGCAGUUAUGUAUUUGAUAGAUAUAGUGAAAACGGAGGUAAUCUAUGAGUGUCCCUAUGUAGGAUUCAUUGUCUUAAUGGCAGCCAGUCUAUCAUUGGCAGCUGUAAUAGGAUUAACCGUGUACGCUUGCAAAACUAAGUCAGAUUUCACUACAAAAGGAGCUCUUUUGUUUAUGUGUGUUACUUCGUUACUGCUAUUUGGGAUAAUGGCUGGUGUUUACUAUCAGAAUGUGAUUAAUCUAGUUUAUUCAUUACUGUGUUGCCUUCUAUUUGGUGCUUACUUAAUAUACGAUACUUAAUUAAUAUUGGGGGGAAGUGUAAUAUAUUUAUAAAUUAUAUUAAUUAGACCCAUAAAUUGUCCAUUGACGAUUACAUCAUUGGAUCAAUGAUAAUUUACAUUGACAUCGUGUACUUAUUUGCACAUAUUUUAAUGGUAUUAAUUGCAUGUCUUAGAUGA